AUGCAACCUCCACCUGGGUAUGAUCAUCCUCCAAAUAAAGUUUGUAGACUUCGCAAAGCUCUUUAUGGUCUCAAACAAGCUCCUAGGGAGUGGUUUGCCAAAUUUAGCUACACCAUUGGUAAUCUUGGUUUCAAAUCCAGCUCUUAUGAUCAUGCAUUGUUUUUGCGCAAAACAGAUCAAUGUUGUACCUUACUUUUACUUUAUGUUGAUGACAUGAUAAUUACUGGUGAUGACACAAAUAGAAUCCGUGAUCUCAAGAAUUUUCUACAUCAACAAUUUGAAAUGAAAGAUCUUGGACAAUUAAGUUAUUUCUUGGGACUUGAAAUAGCUUCCGACAAAUCCGGUUACUAUUUAUCACAAGCUAAGUACGCAACUGAUCUCAUAUCUCGGGCUGGUAUUACUGACACAAAAGUUGUUAGCACACCCUUUGACUCCACAGAACAUUUGGCUGCUACUGAUGGUACUCCACUAAGUGAUGAAACACUUUAUCGACAACUAGUUGGUAGUCUUAUAUAUCUUACUGUCACUCGGCCAAAUAUUGCAUAUGAUGUCCAUAUCGUGAGUCAAUUUAUGUCAUCUCCUCGUACAACUCAUUUCUCUGUCGUUCUUCAGUUACGAGCAUACUCUGAUGCUGAUUGGGCAGGUGAUCCAACUGAUCGUCGAUCCACUACUGGUUAUUGUUUCUUUCUUGGCACAUCUCUCAUUUCAUGGAGAAGUAAGAAACAAACUGUUGUUUCUCGUUCUAGUAUAGAAUCUGAAUAUCGUGCUCUUGCAGAUACUACCUCUAAGCUUCUCUGGCUACAAUGGUUACUUCAAGAUAUGGAUGUUCCUUCAUCCGCUGCUAUUCCACUUUUCUGUGAUAAUAAUAGUGCAAUGCAGAUUGCUCAUAAUGAUGUAUUUCACAAACCACAAAUUGCUGACAUCUUUACCAAAUCUCAUCCUCCUCAAUGUUUUCAAGAUUUAGUCUCCAAUCUCAAGAUGUUCAAUGCUCUUCCACCUUGA